UUUAUGUAUGGAGGGCUUAAAAAAGGAGAUUUAUCGGCAAUGGGCAAAUUUGAAAUUUCUGUCCCCACUUUUAAGCAGCUUCCUCGGUUUGACAGCAGAGGCACUGCGAUCGACUGGGAUACUACAUUUUCAUUCAGUACAACAAUGAGUCGUGGUAGAAAUUGCUUUGUACCUGGCUGUACAAGUGGGAAUCCCAAUAAAAACAAGGCAAAUAAAGAACGGGGUGAAAGAAACCCAAGCCUUUUCAAAGCUCCUAAUGAUCCUAGCUUGCUACAGCAGUGGCAAAAGGCGAUACCCAGAUCAGACAAGACACUUAGCAGCAAAGAUGCUGUUUGUGAACUACAUUUUCUAGAUGAAGAUAUUUUGACUCAUUAUGAGAUCAAAUUAACUGACGGAACUAUCAGUAGAAUUGAGCGGGGUAGACCAUUAUUAAAGGAGGGUUCAAUUCCAAGAAUUUUUCCUAACCUGCCUUCAUAUUUCUCUAGUAAUAAAAGAAAGAGGAAACCACCAUGUGUAAGGAGUGAAGCAACUGAAAAAGUUUCUAAUUCAAAAAAAGUAAAAGGUCUGCCUAUUAAUCAUGUUGAAAAUCAAACUUCAGAACCUAACUUUGAGAAUGAGAAUGAAAUUCUUCGUGAUAUUACUAAUGUGCCAGUUGAUGUUACAGACAGUAGAGUUACUAUGUUCACAAAUUUGAAAAAUAGUUUGAUAUGUCAGAUUGUAAAUUUAUUAUAAAAAUUAUUUAGAUUUUUGACUAGCCGUCGCAAGACGCUUUUUCAUUGAGGAAUAAUAAGAAAUAAUUUGAAAAUUAUUGUAUUGUGGUUGAUACUUUUGAUUGUGUAUAUAAACCAUUUAGAAUAGUUUUUAUGAAUAUGAAUAAGCUCUUUAAAUUAAUAUGUAGGUAUAUUGUAGCUAGGUAUUUUUUUAGAAUGCAUUUUUUUUAAAUUGUAAUUUUUUGUGUUCUUGAUAUAAUAUGAUGUUCCUGUUUUAUUUUUUGGCAUAGUACAUAUAGAUAUUUAAUAUCUAAGUGCUAAAUUGUAUAUUAAAUUUAUAUAUUGUAUAUUUUAUUUAUUAAAUUUAGUGGAAUUAGUUAAUAGAAACAAAAGUUGUAAUGUAUUAAUAUUGCUAAAUAAAUAUUUAUAUGAUGAAAUAAGUCAGCGUAUAUACAUAUUCACAACUCUGUAUUUUUGUGCUUUUGAAAUAAACUGAGUACAUUAUUUAUUCAUUAAUAUUUUAUUUACAAACCUACCUUAUAUUAAUAAAGUGAAUAUCAAUAGAAAAACCUUUACAAUUAUUAGGUGACAUUGAAUAUAAUAUAUCUUGAAUUUAAUUGUCUACGAAACAGUGACAAUUUGCAAAACUUUGCUAAUGACAUUAAAACUUACAAUUCAACGCUAGAAAAAACGCUAUUGAACACAGGAAACGUUUCAGCUCAAUAUACCUACUCUCUAGUUUCAGCUAUAAAAAGUUAUGGAAUAGAUAACACCGAUCAAAGGGUGCAAUGGUAACGUUCGUCUUCAGUUUCCAUUUAUGAUUAAGUUAUUCCUGAUAAAAUACUCUUAAUUUUCGUUAUUCAAUCUGUCAAUCGCCAUAAAACCACUACUAGUUCGAAAGAUUUUAAUGUUUAUUAAAAUGGUAUCACACUAAACUGCAUGUAAACAUGUCAAUUUCAAAUGUUUUAAUGAAAAACUAUGAACCUUUAAACUGCAUCAACAAAACUAUUAAUAAAACACUAACACAAUCACACCAUAAACUAUUUCAUUCGCAUUUCUCAUCAAGAAACAAUUACUGUUUACAUCAAAUCAAAGGUUGAACUGGUGAUAAAUUUGUUGCUGGAACUUCUAUCUUUUUUGUACAACAGUUCUAGGGAAGAUUUAUUUUAGCAGCUUAUAUGUUUCUUCGGUCGUGUAUGCACUAAAAAGAACCACAUAAUAAAACAUUUUUAUAAUAUCAACUUAGGAAAAGGAUAUAUUAAACCGGCAUCUAAUAUAACCUAACUAACUUUUCAAACUCAAAUUUAAGGUUUUGUAUUCACAAUUUUAGCCACGCACAUUGCUCAAUUAGAAAAA